AUGGUGCUUAAAUCUACGUCUGCGGGAAAUGUUUCCAUAUAUCAAGUAUCCGGAUCCAAUGUUUCUCGUUCAUUACCCGACUGGAUAGCCAAGAAGCGGAAGAAGGCUUUGAAACAAGAUUUGGACUAUUCAAACCGUAUUGAAUUAAUUCAGGAUUUCGAGUUCAGUGAGGCCUCAAACAAGAUAAAAGUUUCACCCGAUGGCCAGUAUUGUAUGGCCACAGGCACCUACAAGCCCCAAAUCCAUGUGUACGAUUUUGCCAACUUAUCUCUCAAGUUCGAACGUCAUACAGAUUGUGAAAAUGUUGACUUUGCCAUCUUAAGCCAAGAUUGGACGAAGUCAGUUCACUUGCAAGUUGAUAGGAGUAUAGAAUUUCAAACCAAGGGAGGUAUAUACUACAAGACAAGAAUACCGAAGUUUGGUAGAAGUUUAUGCUAUAAUGAAGUAAACUGUGACUUACUUGUGGGAGCUCUGGGAAAUGAAUUGUACAGAUUAAAUUUGGAACAAGGUAGGUUUUUGAACCCGUUGCAAUUGGAAACGGAUAGAGGUGUCAACAUGGUGGCUAUAAAUAGAGUACACGGUCUAAUAUCAGCGGGACUAGAAGAUGGUACGGUUGAAUUUUGGGAUCCUAGAUCGAAAUCGCGAGCAGGAAAGUUGUGGGUUGAUGAGCAAUUGAACGAAUCCGGUAUACAAGUUUCAUCUGUCAGCUUUCGUCAUGAUGGAUUGAAUUUUGCAUGUGGGACAUCCAGUGGUAAGACUUUGCUUUAUGAUCUACGCACAAACCAGCCAUCUAUCGUCAAAGAUCAAGGUUAUGGAUUUGACAUCAAAAAUAUUGUAUGGUUGGAAAAUACUUUGAAACCUGACGCGGUGUUGACAAGCGACAAACGUAUUGCAAAGAUUUGGGAUAGAAAUACUGGGAAACCAUUUGCUUCCAUGGAACCAACAGUUGAUAUAAAUGAUGUAUGCCAUGUUCCUAACUCGGGUAUGUUCUUCAUGGCAAAUGAAGGUAUGCCAAUGCAUACGUAUUAUAUUCCUAAUUUGGGCCCUGCGCCUUCUUGGUGUUCAUUCUUGGAUAAUGUAACUGAAGAGUUGGAAGAGAAACCUUCAGAUACUAUUUACUCCAACUACAGAUUCAUCACCAAGGACGACGUACGUAAGCUAAAUUUGGGCCACUUGAUUGGAUCAAAGGUUUUACGAUCAUACAUGCACGGUUUCUUUAUUGAUACAGAGUUGUACGAAAAAGUCAACCUUAUUGCCAACCCCAACUCAUUACGUGAUCAAAGAGAACGUGAUAUCAGAAAGAAGAUUGAAAAAGAAAGAGAGUCAAGAAUUAGGUCCACUGGUGCCAUUACAAACACAAAGAUUAAAGUCAACAAAGAUUUGGCAAGUAGGUUGCAAGAAAAAGUUGGAGGAGACGCGGCAGAAAGCGUUAUCAAUGAUGAUAGAUUUAAGGAAAUGUUUGAGAACCCUGAUUUCCAAGUUGAUGAGGAAUCACAUGAGUAUAAACAAUUGAACCCAGUGAAAGCACCGGAAAAGGAUAUCACGAGAUCAAGAGGGUUGACUGCAGCAGAAGAAUCUGAUGAAGAGAGAUAUAAUGAUAACGAAGAAGCUGAAAGUGAUAAAGAGAGUGAAGAGUCUGAAAGUGAGGAAAGUGAAGAUGAGGAAGUAAAGAAAGCAAAGAAGGCAAAACUCGAUAAAGAGUUGGCCAAGUUGAGAAAGAAGAAGGAAGAGGAAAAGAGGUUUAAGAAUGAAAUGAAGAUUCUCGCCAAGGAAGCACCAAAGGAAUCUACCAAAUCCAAAGAAACAUUUGCUUCUCAGGUAAAGAAUUUGCACAGAGUAAGCAAACCAAGGGACGAUUCAAGACUUCAAAGACACUCCAAGGGAGAAGCUGAACUCACAUUCGUCCCCAGAGGCAAGGAAAAGAAGUAUAAGCCCAAGAAAGAUGAUGAAAACGGUAUUGAUAAAGGCAGAACGAAGCAAAGGUUUGAAGGUCGUAGAAUUGCUUCCAGAAACCAAUUUAGAGGUAUGUAG